AUGAAAGAAACUGAAGACAUGCUUGCAUCAGAACUGAACAAACUGAGCUUGCAAGAAAGAACCAAAGCCCUGGAAGAUAUCCAUUGUGUCGGACAAGACCUGGAGGAAACCCCUGAACUUGUGGAAGAGUUGCUUGCUGAAUUCGAUCGGACAGCUCAACAGCAAGAACAACAUGAUCCAACCUAUAAAAUGAUUGCAAAGCGCUAUAGAGAAUACAUCGAAGAUCCUUCCUUUCGCUUAAAGUUUAUCAGAUCAAAUACGCACAAUGUUGGCAAAGCUGUCAAUCAAAUGCUCCACUUCCUUCGAAACAAGGCAAAGUACUUUGGCAAUGACUGCAUUGGCCGUGAAAUCACUAUUCAUGACUUAAAUGAGGAGGAUCGAGAAUUAUUACUGUCUGGAAUCUAUCAUAUUCAAAAGGAUAAAGAUCAAAAGGGCAGGGUAAUUCUGUAUUUCUUUUCAGAGUUUCUUGGCAGCGCUAAAGCGGAAACCUUUUGUCGAGUUGCGUACUAUGUCUACUUCAAUAUUCUCAUUCCGAUUCCUGAGGUUCAGAUGAAAGGGCUCGUAAACAUUUUCUACGAUGUUUCGAAAGUAGACGAGCUUCCUUUAAUACCAAACAUGAACUUGGCAUUGACAAUCAUGGAUAUGGUCACAAGCCUUCCCAUCCGCUUCUCAGCGAGGCACUAUUGCCUCAAGGCACGACAAGAAAAGCUCGAUCUCUUUAAUUCAUUAUUGCAGUCGUUAUUCAAAUCAUGCCAGCAGUCUUAUGGUAAGGUGAGGUCGCGAAUGCAUUACGGCAGUGACAUCGAGUUGCAGUAUCAGCUCCGCAGUCACGGCAUCAACACCGACUCCAGUCCCAUCAACCCAAAGGGCGGUCUUCGCGAGGAUAUUCGAAAUGAUUGGUUAUACGACCACCUUCGGAGGGAACGAACUAUCAUCGCGUAUACUCCGAGCAUUCAGCCACCACCCUCCGAGGAGCCAAAUGUCGAUGUUAUUGCGCCUGAUGAGCUAUGGCUGCCACGGGCCAAAGCGGGCGAUGUAGAAACCUUCCACCAUACAGUCGAUCAUGACGCAAAAGGCUUGAUUGGACGCAAUGGUAAAGCUCACGGAAUCAGUGAAUCAAGAGUUUCCCAGGCUGGAGCAGAUGAAAAGCAUCAUAGAUCAAGCAAUAUUAUUGAGAAUGCGCCCAUCACUCCUACUUUUGGCGAUAUUUUUCUUGGACGAGGCCGCGUGCUCCAAAACGUUCCAGGCAAUAUCCAUUUCCGAAAGCUGGCCACAGAGUACAAGGAUGAGUAUGAAAAGGCUCCUCCGCGGAGGAGAAAGGAGAUCGUUUCUGAGGUGGGUAGAGUCCUUAGCACCGACGGAAGGCGUUUUUUGAAGCAAACCAACACUGGUGCGUGGGUGAAGAGCAGUGACAAAGAGGCCAAAACAAAGAUUGCACAGUUUUUCAGAGAUUUCCGUAAAAAGUAA